AUGAAAGACAGUGGAAAGUUAGGCCACGAAACGAUCACAGGUGGAGCCGAAGCCAGUGGGGACUCGGAUGGUGAAGAUGAUAAAGACGCUGAUAUUGAAGCAACACCGGAUGAUGGUAGUAGUUUCGGUGUUCAACAGGUUUCGGCGAUGCUCGAUACGCCUGCUCACCAGCGCGCUGGUCGCAACAAAAACAUUGUCAUUGUGGGUAGCCAGUUGCCAAAGCUGACGUAUUCCUUUACCCGACGGAGGGUCCAGGACGACUGGUAG